AAUAAAAUGGAUAAUCGUGCAAUCGAAAAUAAUAUUGUGGCAGAAUUGUACUUCCUUAUUUCGAAAUUUCUGGCAAAUGGACCAUUUAAGCAUGUUGGCGAGGUUCUUAUUGCUGAAAUUGAAAAACAGAAGAUAUUGCCACCGCGAAUAGACUGGGAAGGUACAUCACAUGAACAGACAUACAGUGAAUUGGAACGAAAAUAUGCUCACAUCGGACCAAAUCAUUUGCUUGAGGUAUGCGCCAGAAUCACAACACUCUUGGAGAAGCAGAUUCCGCCGAGUGUGGCCGGCAUUCAUACAUUAUUGGGUGCUGGUCGUCAGAGUGUUUUGAGAUCAGACGAAAAUUGCUCGAGGCAAAAAUCGUUAGUCGACUACUGUACACGAAUGCAUUCGAUGCCGUUACUCGAUUCAAACCGAAAAUUGACACAUAAUCUAGUUAAAGUUUUGUACGGACGUGAAUCGUCUGGACCAUGCACUCGAAAAUUAGCAAUAACAAAUCAGUUUUAUAGUAAAGCACAGUUACAACGCCGAACGCUGGGUCAUUUGUCAGCUGUGUACUGUGUCUUAUUCGAUCGAACCGGAAAAUACAUAAUAACCGGUGCCGAUGAUCUACUCGUCAAAGUAUGGAGUGCAAUUGAUGGUCGACUAUUGUGCACAUUUCGUGGUGCAUCGGCCGAAAUUACAGACAUUGCUGUGAAUUUGGAUAAUACUCUGUUGGCAGCCGGUUCAUUGGAUCACAUUGUACGUGUAUGGGAUAUGCAAACAGCAAGUCCGGUUGCCGUUCUUUGCAGUCACACCGGUCGAAUAACAUCGGUCAAUUUUUGUCCAUCGCCAAAGGAUUAUCAAAAAUAUCUCGUCACAACAAGUACAGACGGUUCAGUUGCAUUUUUUCAAUACACCACAUCACGAGAUGGAAAAGUACAAUUUGCAUCAAAACCAACACAAUAUCAUGAAAAAAUGCGGCCGGGUCAGGCGCAAAUGAUUUAUGCUGCCUUUUCACCAGGAGGUCACUUUUUGGCGGCCGGUUCAGCCGAUCACAAUGUACGCGUUUACCAAAUGGCUGACGAAGGGCCAAAACGAAUUUUAGAGGUCGAAGCACACAGUGACACAGUCGAUUCAAUUCAAUGGGCACACAAUAGUCUCCGUUUCGUAUCUGGCAGCAAAGAUGGCACGGCACUUGUAUGGCAUUUUGAGACCCAAGAUUGGAAAUCAAUGCGAUUGGAAAUGACAAAAAAAUUGCCCACAUGCCCAGCAACAAUUUCCACAGAGAAAGAUAAAAAGCUAAGCGUUACAAUGGUCGGAUGGGAUUUAACUGAUCAAUAUGUUAUCACUGCGGUUAAUGAUUAUACGAUAAAAGUGUGGAAUGCGGAUACUGGACAAUUGCAUCGCGUAAUGCGUGGCCACACCGAUGAAUUGUACGUGUUGGAAUCUCACCCGAAAGAUCCGCACAUUUUGUUAUCGGCCGGACAUGAUGGAAAGUUAUUCAUAUGGGAUGUAAAAGAAGGUGUAUCGCUUGCCAAUUUUUCCAAUUUAAUCGAUGGCCAAGGACAUGGUGGCCUGUAUGACGCAAAAUGGUCACCGGAUGGUACGAUAAUUGCAGCAACCGACUCACAUGGCCAUGUGUUGAUGUAUGGUUUUGGUGAUGGGCACAAAAGACUGAAGGAGUUACCGCCCGAAUUGUUCUUCCACACGGAUUAUCGACCUCUCAUUCGUGAUAGUAAUCACUUUGUGUUGGAUGAACAAACACAAACAGCUCCACAUCUGAUGCCACCACCGUUUUUAGUUGAUGUCGACGGCAAUCCGUAUCCACCAAUUAUGCAAAAACUAGUUCCAGGCCGUGAAAGUUGUACCGCCGAUCAACUCGUACCGAAUAUUUCCGUUGGACCGGAGGGUAUUGAAGUGGUGGAAGGAAAUGCAGUUUCACACAUUGAUCGUCUGAUUGCAGCAUUGGCAAAUCGUCAAGGUGCCGGUGGAAUGGCUGACGUUGGAACUGAACGAAACGGCAAUGUUGACAAUCAAAUUCGUGGAGGAAAUGUCGGCGGUGCCUUUCAACAAGGUAUAGCACCAGCUGAAGCAGCAGCAGCUGCUGCACAAAAUCGAUUAAACGCUCCAAACGCAGCAAAUGCUGGUCAAAAUGCUGAUCGCUUGAAUCUAAAUCGACUUCCAGCUCGACGUGAAGAAGAAGGCAUUCGACGAACAGUUGGCAAUUGGGAAAGUGGAAUACAAUCCAUCAAAUGGCUACGACGAAUGUAUAUACGACCAAUGCCAAUAUCACGUAUUAAAAUGCUACGCACUACCGUCUACGAAGCUGGUCUCCAAGAAAUGGAUCAUUAUCGAAAAGAGUUGCGCCGAAAACCGAUUAUGAUUAGUACAUCGAAUCCAAAUUCAUCGGCCGUAUCGCGUGGUCCAAUUCAUGUACGUGGCCGUCGAAUUGUUGGUCGUACACGCAGUGCCAAUACAUUACAAGUCAAUGGAUAUCAAGCAGUAAAUCGUGCUGCAACGUAUCGUACGCGUGCGGUUAGAGAACGUGAACAACAACAGGAUGUUGAUGAUGAUGACGAUGAUGAUCAUAGUGCAACGAGUGUUUCAAGUGAUUCAAGUGAUGGAACAUUGGCAGAAGAUCAAUUAUCAUCAAGUUCGGAUAGUAGCGAUUCACAAAGUUCAGCCUAUUCAGACUGGGUGAAUCCGGAUGCUGAACAAGCAACACUUGUGCCACCGAAACGAUCGCGACGCAAACGUGUCAAACCACGUUCAUAUUCGCCAAGCGAAGGGCCAAGCAAUCAAACUGCUGGUCGCGUGGCUGGCAGACGAAAUUUACCAAUUGGUGAUAACAAUGAAAUUCCUGAGAUUUAUCGGCCACCAGAGUGGCUGUCCGAAGUUAUACCACGCAAAGCACCAUACUAUCCUCAAAUGGGCGAUGAAGUUGUUUAUUUCCGUCAAGGCCAUAAAUGUUAUCUUGAAGCUGUGCAACAUAAAAAUGUUUACAAAAAUGUCGGCGCCGAACCGUGGGCUCGUUUGGAUUUACGUGACUUUGAAUUUGUCAAAGUGAUUGGAAUCAAAUAUGAAAUACGACCGCCACGACUUUGUUGCUUAAAACUGGCACUGAUGAACAAUGAUGGAACGUUGAAAAAUCAACGAUUCACCAUAAAAUAUCACGAUAUGGCAGAUGUUUUGGAUUUCCUUGUAUUGAAACAGACAUAUGAUACGGCCGUGAAUCGAUUGUGGGCAACUGGAGAUCGUUUUCGUUGUAUGAUCGAUGACGGUUGGUGGAUGGGUCAAAUCACAAGUCGUGUACCGUACUCGGAAGAAUUUCCCGAUUCGUUGUUUAUGUGUUUCCAAAUUCGAUGGGAUAGCGGCGAAACGGAACGAAUGAGCCCAUGGGAUAUGGAACCAAUUGAUAAUAGUAGAUUACCGAAUGAAGUAGGUGGCGUUGUUCAGGUUUUAGCCGAAGAAUUACAAAUGAUGUUGUAUCAACCGACUAGUGAAGAAUGGCCGCGUGGAGAUCGAGAUGGCACCUGUCGUCGCAUCGUUGCGGGCUUAGAAGAAGUGAUGGGCUUGGCAAUAGCCGAUCCAUUUUUGGUACCUGUUGAUUUAAACAUUUAUCCAACGUACGCAUUUGUUGUUGAAUAUCCAAUUGAUUUGACUACGAUCAAAGCAAGGUUCGAAAAUCAUUUCUAUCGACGCAUCGCAUCUGCACAAUUUGACGUUCGAUAUUUGGCCACGAAUGCCGAACAAUUCAAUCAAAGCGACAGUCACAUCGUUAAAAAUGCACGAAUCAUCACCGAUCUAUGUUUACGAAUUAUACAGGCUCCAGAUAUCGAUGUAAAUGCAGUAUACCAUCAACUAAUGGCUACAUAUACAUCCGAUUCGGAGGAUAAUCAACAACCAGGCACAAGCACUGGCAGCAUAACACCAGCUGGCCGAAGACGAUCACGCAGAGGCGCAGCUCUCAAUAGCAGCGGAAGUAGUGGUAGUGGUGAUUGGCGAGAUAAAUGCCGGCAAGUUUUGGAAAUUAUUUGGAAUCAUGAUGAUUCCGUUCCGUUCCGAGAACCGGUCGACACAAUUGAUCAUCCAGACUACUUACAAAUCAUUGACUCGCCAAUGGAUUUGAGAACGGUCAAAGAAGAAUUAUUGAUUGGCAGUUAUCAAUCUAAAUCGGAAUUCUUGAAAGAUGUACGCAUGAUUUUCUCCAACUCACGACUAUAUAACACCAACACUCGAUCCAGAAUUUAUUCCAUGACAUUGCGAUUGAGUAAUUUGUUCGAAGAGCAAAUGAAAAAGAUUUUCAAACGUUCUUCGUUGAAUCGAGCGGCUCGCGUUCGAAAUGAACGUCGUAGAAAUGGCGGUGCAUCAACGUCAUAUGCACAUACAAAUGGUGGUCCAAGCACCUCACGUCAAUACACUCGUGUACGUCGUCAUAUAAGCGAUGAAGAUGAAGAUGUUGAUGUAAUGAAUGGCGAGACGCCAUCCAAUAGUACUGGUCGACCAAUGCGACAGAUUCGUGCACGACAAUCGAAUCAUGCGCCGAAUGGUGUUACAUCAUCGCAAACGGAAGCGGGCCCAAGUGGAUAUCGCAUCAAACGAACCCGUCGUUUCGAAAGUGACAAUGAAGACGAACCUAGUAGCGAACCUAGUAGCGAAAGUGAAUCGGAAAAUGAGUCGGAAAACUAUGAUCCAACUGAACCAAAGAGCAGUCGUAGAUCAUCGAAAAAGAAACAUCGACGAACAAAUGGAACGUCAACAUCAACGUCUAGCAAACGGCCGCGACGUCUCAUAUUACACGAAUCGUCCGAUGAAGAACCGGCCGAAGAUGAUGAACCAACGGUGCCAGUUAAUAGUCAAAAUAGUAAACGAUCAAGAGGUCGACCGAGAAAAAAUCAAAAAAAUCAAAUCAGCGACGAUGAAAGUGAAAACGAAGAAAAUGAGUCAGAAGCCGGAGAGGAUGAUGUUGAAGUGAACGAAGACGAUGAAAGUGAAAACGAAGACGAGGUGGAUGGUGAAGAUGAGCAAAGUGAUGACGAAGAAGAUGCUCAACAGGAUAGCUAUCGACCGACACGAACACCAAAACCAAGACAAUCACCAGUUCGAUCGACAAGAAGUAGUAAUCGACGGCAACAAUCCGACGAUUCGGACACACCGUUGCUACCGUCACGGCGUACAACAUCAAAACGUGUUCAAGACGAUGAUAGCUUUGAUGAUCCGGAAGUUACAACAUCAAGUCGUCGCAAUGUUGUAGGAAAUACACAUGACAAUCGCACACGAUUACGGCGACAAAUUUUACCAGAUGGUGCUGUGCAUGAAGAUACACCAAGACCAAUUCGAUCAACACGUCACAAUUCUAGUCGAAAUAAUGGUACGAUAAAUCAAGAUUCCGACGACGAUGAUGAUAGUGAUGAUGAUCAACUCCUUAGUCAAAUUGUUGCGAGUCAAAGUCGAUCAAAGCGAAGCCCACGCGGUUUAAGUCCACGUUCAGUCACUGCGACAGUACCAACAACCGAAUUUGUUGAUACCACGUCGCCGGUUCAACAGAAUGGUAGCCCAAUACCACGCACACGUGAAAUGAUUCGACGCAAACAAAUGACCGUAUCAACUAGCAGCACAUCCACUACAGUAGCAUCAAGUCACAGUUAUCAUAGUGUAACACGUUCCACAACUGUAGAGUCAACAUCACAGAUUGAAAUACGAAGAAAUCAGGUACAAGAAGACCAUAAUUAUGGUGAACCGGGUCCUUCGACACUUCGUCAUUCACGGCGAAUAAAUCAAAUGUCACGGUUACAACGAAGUCCCGACGAACAUGAUAAAUCACAUGUAAGCAACACUGAAACUCCAGUCGAUCCUCUGCGAAUACCCGAGAGUAUAUCUGGUCGUUUGCGGAAUCGAACGCCCAAAAGUAAUACAAAUGCUGACAAUGAAAGUGAUCCAGACGAUGAUAAGCCGUUGCAUUUAAUGGUCACUGAAUCGCCGACACGUAGUCGACCAAGCCGACAUUUGACACGAUAUUCUGAUGAACAUAUUAGCCAAACACCGCCAACUGGUGCAUCGAGUGCAACAGCAUCCUCAUCCACACGAAGUUGUCGAUCACAAAAACGGCCACACUAUAAUGAGGAAUCCGAAGAAGAUGAUAACCAUCGAACAAAACGACAAGCAACACAGGGCCGGACCACAUGGAAUAGUUCGGGUACAGGUAAUCCACGACGUGAGGUGAACAAAACGUAUUAUGGAGAUGAAACAUCAAACAGUGAUUUCGAUGAUGAGGAUGAAGAAGCCGAAGAGCAAAUCAGUAUCAGUAGCAGAGGACGAGUGCGUAAAAUAUCGUCAAAGGUGCGUGGAUAUUUCCGCGAAUAAAUGCUUAUUAUUACGAUAACUUGAAACGUUUGAAGCAAUGUAGAAAUGAUGCACAUAAAUAAUUCUUUAAAUAGUCUGUAAUAUAUUACGAACAAGUUUAUUUCGUAAAUUGACGACGACAGCAACAGCAACAGCAAAAAUAAAUUCAAAUCGUAUUUUUCCACAAUGACAAGGCGAUGUGUACCUCAACCAUAAACAUUACAUAGAUCUAAGAAGCCACGAUGACUUAUAACAUAAACUGCCUUCGCUUGGUUUCAUAUAGUUUUUCUUUCUAUCUUUCUUUCUAUUCUUCACUUCAAUGAAAGACCUUUUUCAAUUUUUUUUUGAAAUGUUUUUGUUGUUAUAAUAAUGCGGUGCUUCAAGUAGUUAAAAUUGGGCGCGGAAAUUCAAUUAACAUAUUUGAAUCUAUAUCUUGAAAAUAAUAGCC